AUGCGAAUUUUCAGCUUUCUCAAGGCUUGGAUUCGCUUUGCUGCUCCUUACAUGCCAGGUUAUUCGAAUGGUUUGGUAGACUCUCAGUUUUGUGUAGAUGUGGAUUUGCUGCAAGUUGAGGGUAAAAUGAAAGUUGCAAGAGCCACAAGGGAUCAAGACCCAAAUAUUAUUCUCAGGGCUAUGGAUGUUUUGGAGCUUUUGUCAAGAAGUACAAUACGAGUACUGGAUUGCAGUUUCCAGUACGACAUCAUCAAGAUUGGGAAUCAAGAAGGGGGGAUUUGCAAUAUGUACGGGAUCACUAAGGAGCAAUUUCUUGCACGGAGGAAUCUUCUGGCUGGCUAUGUCCUAAAGGGAAACACCAUUGUUGUGAUUGAUGGUUCACUACAAGGAAUAAAUAUAGUAAGGAGGAUUGUGGAAGACUGCAUUGCUCAUGAUGUGCCUCCUCUACCCCGGGCGCAAUUGAUGAAAAAGAAGACUCAACAGAAGAAGGAUGAGAUUAAUAAAGUGACAAGUGAAUUGAUGAUAAAUCUCGAGGGUAUGCGGAUCUGA